GUGGAAGGGAGGAUACGCGCUUCUUUGCACUCAUGUUCAUGCGCCUGUCUGCGACCAGAAUAAAUCUUACGUAGGGGCCAGAACCCGAAAGGGGUCUGGUCAACGAUAGAUCUUUACUUUGAUUUUAACGUCGGUGAAAAAGUUUUUCGGUGCGCAGAUCCAGAUCUUCGCUAAGAGGAUGAACCGAAUAGCGGGAAAGCCACGGGAUGAUACCCUGAUAGACGUUCAGUUUAGCGGUGAAGACAACAAUGCCUGCCAGUUAGAAUCCUUUGCUGAGGAGAUUCCUGACCAUGGACACAAUGGGUCUGAGUCGUCUCUGUCCUGCUCAGACCUGGCAGGGUCCAUCCACUCCUCACACUCCUCAGAAAGUGUGUGUGAUCAGUGCGAGAGGGAGAACUCGCAACACGACCAUGAGUCUUUACACCACCUCUCCAGUCUCUCUGGGAUCUGGAGGAGAAGAGCUCUCUUCCUGAAGUAUCGCUCCCGGGUGGACAAGCAGCAGCAGAGCAAAGACUCUGUGUUCUUCCGAGACGGCGCGCGGCGGAUCGACUUCGUCCUCUCCUACGUGGACGACAAAGAAAAAGACGCAGAGAAGAAGCAGGAGAGGAGAAAGGUGUAUGAGUCUAACCUCCAAGCAGCUGGACUUGAACUGGAGACAGAGGACAAAUCGGAAUCUGAGGAUGGCAAGACGUACUUCCUGAAGAUCCACGCGCCAUGGGAGGUGCUGGCCACGUAUGCAGACAUCCUGAAGAUCAAGGUGCCCUUCAAGGCCAACGACAUCCCCGAGCACAGGGACGUGCCCCUCUCCUGGCUCUGCACGCCGUUCCGGCUGCCCACCCAUGUCAUGCACCCCGAGCCCGACUACUUCACCUCGGCCUUCGACAAGACCAAGACCGACUUCUUCCUCAUCGACGACAAGGACACCUUCUUCCCCCCGUCCACGCGCAACAGAAUCGUCUACUACAUCCUCUCCCGGUGCGCGUACCAGAACAUCGACUGCCAAAACAACGACAAGAAGGGCAUCAAACGGCUACUCAACAACGGGACCUACUCGGCCGCCUACCCCCUGCAUGAUUGCAGGUACUGGACACAGUCUCGAGACGCUAACUGUGAUAACGAGAGGUACAGCCUCUACCGAUACUGGGCCCAGUUUUUCCGCUUCUACAAAGAGCAGCCACUCAACCGCAUCCGUAAAUACUAUGGUGAGAAGAUUGGCAUCUACUUUGCCUGGCUGGGCUUCUACACAGAGAUGCUGUUUUACGCCGCUGUGGUCGGAGGCAUCUGCUUCGUCUAUGGGGCCACCACUUACGACCAAAGUACCUGGAGUAAAGAGAUUUGCAGUGAAAACAUCGGUGGGGAGAUUGUCAUGUGCCCUCUGUGCGAUAAGAAGUGUGGGUACUGGAAGCUCAACUCCACGUGCAACUCCACAUGGCAAUCACACUUGUUUGACAACGUGGGAACAGUCUUCUUUGCCGUGUUCAUGGCCAUAUGGGUGACUCUGUUCCUGGAGCUGUGGAAGCGGCGGCAGGCGCGUCUGGAGUACGAGUGGGACCUGGUGGACUUCGAGGAGGAGCAGCAGCAGCUACAGCUCAGGCCCGAGUACGAGAUCAAGUGCCGCAAGCGUCGCCUCAACCGCAUCACACAGGAAAUGGAGCCUUACUUACCCCUAACCAGCCAGUGUGUGCGCAACUGUGUCUCCGGAGUCACCGUCUUAUUCUGGAUAGCGCUAAUCAUCGCCUCCAUCAUCGGGGUGAUUGCGUAUCGUCUGGCCGUGUACGCGGCUUUCGCCAGCGUGAUGAAGGACGCGCCCACCAACAAGAUCCAGCUGGUGGGCUCCAUCAUCACGCCGCAGCUGGCCACGUCGGUCACGGCCUCCUGCAUCAACUUCGUCAUCAUCAUGAUCCUCAACUUCCUCUACGAGAGAGUGGCCAUCUGGAUCACCGAUAUGGAAAUCCCUAAGACCCACGUGGAGUAUGAGAACCGCCUGACGGUCAAGAUGUUCCUCUUCCAGUUUGUCAACUACUACUCCUCCUGCUUCUACGUAGCGUUCUUCAAGGGCAAGUUUGUCGGUUACCCUGGAGACCCUGCAUACAUGUUUGACAACAAGUGGAGCGGCCUCAGGAACGAGGAGUGUGACCCUGGCGGCUGUCUGAUCGAGCUCACCACCCAGCUGGUGAUCGUGAUGACAGGCAAGCAGGUGUGGGGCAACAUCCAGGAGGCCCUGGUGCCGUGGUUAAAGAACUGGUGGGUGAGUCGAAGUGCCCGUAACCACCCUGAGAGCCUGUACAGCCGCUGGGAGCAGGACCACGACCUGCAGCACUUCAGCCAGCUGGGCCUCUUCUACGAAUACCUGGAGAUGGUGAUCCAGUUUGGCUUCAUCACCCUGUUCGUGGCCUCCUUCCCGCUGGCCCCUCUGCUGGCGCUGCUCAACAACAUCCUGGAGGUGCGCGUGGACGCCUGGAAGCUGACCACGCAGUUCCGCCGGCCCAUCGCCGCCAAGGCCCACAGCAUCGGCGCCUGGCAGGAGAUCCUCCACAUGAUCGCCGUCUUCUCCGUCGUCACCAACGCGUUCAUCGUGGCGUUCACGUCAGACAUGAUCCCACGUCUGGUCUACCUGUACGCGUAUCACCCGGGCACCGAGCCCACCAUGCAGGGCUACAUCGACAACAGCCUGUCCAUCUUCAACAUCAGCCAGAUCCCCGAGGACAACCGACCAGAGCCCGGAGAGAACCCGGGCUGGUUCAACAGCUCCGCCAUGACCACCUGCAGGUACCGUGACUACCGCUACCCCCCUGGACAUGACAAGGAGUACUCACACACCAUGCAGUUCUGGCACAUCAUCGCCGCCAAGCUAGCAUUCAUCAUCAUCAUGGAGCAUGUGGCCUUCCUGGUGAAGUUCUUUGUGGCGUGGAUGAUUCCCGACGUGCCGUCGGACGUGACGGCCCGUAUCCGGCGGGAGCGCUACCUGAUCCAGGAGUACCUGCAGAAGUACGAGCUGGAGAAGCUCAAGGUGCAGCUGAGCCUUAACGGGCAGUGCACCUGCCCCUCAGAGGCCGUCUCCGUCACCAUGCGCUCACCUGUGCAGGCGCAACUCUAGCCCUGGCUCAUGUGUUUACACACACACACACACAUAACACACACUCACACACACACAUGUGCACUCCCAAAAUACACCUGCUGUUACACAGAUACUCCUCACUCCAUCGGCCACACGCACGUAUUCACAAAUGUCUCCUAUUUGUUGUAACCUCACACACACACACACACACACACACACACUCUCUCUCUCUCUGUCUCUCUCUCACACAUACACACACACACACACACACUCACUCUCUCUCUCUGUCUCUCUGUCUCUCACACACACACACACACACACACACUACAGGAGGCCUGUGCCAUUGUGCUUGGUCCACCUGCAGUGUGGCCAGUACCUGCUGAACUGCACCACUGUCUGUCUGAAUAGCUGUGCUAUGCCACCCUCUGCCAGCUGCCAAGGGUGGGUAUGGAUCCUGCUGACGCACCUGGCAGCCUGAACUCCUCCUGCUGCAGCGUGUCUGCCUCUGAGCACCCGUCUCUGCCCUUUCGUCUGUCUGUCUGUUUGUCUGUCUGUGAAGCUAGAGGCAUCGCCUCAGGAUCACGCCCGAUCUGCGUGAUUGUAGCCACGUGCUACAGGACUACACCACCACCAGGGGGAGUCAGAGAGCUCAUCCUCCAUAUCACUUUUGGUUGACCUUGGGUGGCAAAACUGAUUGACUACACACACACACACACACACACACACACACACACACAAUACAAGUUCCUGCUGGUUCCUCUGAUGUCGUUUGUUGCCUUAUAACCUGGGGUGACCCAGUGUCACAUUGCCUUAACAUAACCACAGUGAUAUAUCAGAUCUAAUCAACACUAGUGACGUUGCUAGCAGCAGUCUGACUGAAGGUGAGGAGCGCUAAAGGACAGGGGACAGAAUCUGAAUCGAUGAGUUGCCAUUUGUUUCACCGCUCCUCACCUGCUAGGAAUUUGGAAUCUCAGUGGCAUAAAACAGAGAAAGCCUUUCCAGUUUUCACCAUAGGGAUAAUCUCACUUCAUGUCAGUGUGGGUGAAGUUUCCGCAUAUUUCUUUCAAAGCCCCUUAACCAUUAAGUGCCACUUGUCAACAAAGUAGUGAAACACUAAAACAAUCAUUCUAUUUAUUUUUCCUCUUUUUUUUAGAAAAGUAAAUAAAAAAUGUGCUUUCACAUUGUAAACAUUAGCAAUUGUAAAGACUUUAGAUCUCCUGCCUUAUACUGUACUUCUGGUGGUCUCUGUAGCAGAAUCCAGGAGUCCGUUGCAACUGCUAUGUCACCUAGAGGAAGGGACGAGGGGAAUCAGUACUCACCUCAUGUAACACUGUCUCAGAGCCAGCUAGCCUCCUGCUUGUACAUUCAGCACUUGAACCACAAUAGCUUCCAGCUAUGCAACUAGUCAACCAAAGGCGUGAUGCGUAUACCCUCCCUGGUAUCUAUCACUGUAGAUACUAGAUAGCAUGCUGAUUGUGCUUGGAAAAAGAGCUGUCAUGCAUACAGUUUGAAGGAAAAAAAAUAUGAAUAUGUUCAAAAAGUUUUACAGAGCAAAUGAAAGAUACUUUGUUGUCAUAAGCAAAAUGUUUAUUGUUGACUUGGUUCAUUCUUAUUUCAUUCUGUGUUUGUACUUAAUUUCUCUUUUUAUAUAAAAAUGUUGUUAGGGUUUUUAAAUUGACAAAUUGUAAGACUCUGUUUGUGCCAUGAUAUGGCAUUUGAUUCAGUAUUGCAUAAGUGUUAAGUUAGUUGUAUAGUCAAGUUCUUCAAAGCUAACGGUUCUCUUCAAACACGCAAUCACGAGUAUGUAUUUUCAGAUUCAUCUCUCAGAGCUGUGUAGUUAUUGUUUUACUAGAGAGGUUUGAAAGCAAGGUUGCCCUUAUCUUACAUAACACUUAGACAUAUUGCAUAUUUCAAACUAUAACUUCAGGGGUUUAGAGAAAUAAGCCAGAAGCCAUAAAAAUAAUACAUUUUUAUUUGUGCAUGGAUGGUUGUUUAGAGAUUUCAGUCUCCGAGUUUGAUUGUGACAGGUGUGUGUGUGUGUGUGUUUGUUUGUGUGAUAUUAGUCACUGAAUAGUAUGUCUGUUGCUUGUGCCUUGAUUUACCAAAUGAAUAGACUGAACGUACAGUACUGUCCAGCGUUAAUAUCUCUCUGUCUCCUUCCCACAACAAUGAUGAGGUUAGCUUUUGUUGUUUUGCACUCAGCACUUAAAGAGAGCAUGGAAGGCUCUGUGAAGAGUACCCUCGGUAGCUGUGGUCGGUCAGAGUUAGGCUGUGUGUAUGGAACAAGUCAUGUGUGACGCAUGAACACUGAUCUUUAAGUCAUAUGCGAAGGGAAGGGAAGAUGACUAGACUCUGCUUAUGAUUUUUGAAUCACUACCCUUUGCCACUUGAAUCUUGAAUUUUUACGAUGGCAUUACAGCUGUAUAUUGGAGCUACCUGGUAUGGGAUUACUGUGCGCAUUAGUGAAUUAGUGUUAUGGUAUUGAAGCUUAGAAAAUAUAAGAUGAAGGACAUAUUCUCUGCUGCAGUACUGAGUACAAUGACUUUUUUUUGAUAGUUCCUAAUAUUAGGGGAAACUUGGCCAAGCAACUGUUGAUGCUGACAUGGUGUGUUUGCUAUUUGAAUUAUAUGCUUUGACCUGUGAGAGACUAUAAAUACCUUGCAAUGCCUUAUCUUACAAUCUUUAUCAUGUUGUAUUAUUAUUCAUGGCAUUUAUUUGCAGUUAUUUAAUUAUUUUGCUUUUUUAUUUUUGAUCUGAUUUUUAAAAGGUUUAAACAUGUAUUGUAUUCACUUUAUGUAUGUAUGUUAAAGACAAGAGAUUUACAAUAAGUAACAGAGAACAACCCAUAUCCAAGUGAAGUUCUACAGUUAAGACGUUAAUGUUUGAUAUCAUCCUGGCACACAGCCUGUCCGCACAGCGGAAAUGUUCUCUCUCUGUAUUGCAUUGCUGUAUGGUAUCCAUGGAAUCAUAAAUAAAAUGUCUGCAAAUCUGUUGUGA